AUGAAGAAACCACUCCCAUUUCUCUUUCUCGCGUUAAUAAUAAUAAUAUCAACAUUCUGGCGGGUGGAGAUCUGCUACGGCCAGGACUAUGAUUACAACGACGGCGGCAAGCCGAAGGCGGCGCCGCCGCCGGAGGUGCAGGACUGCAACGGAAUAUUCUUGUCGUACACGUUCAUCUCGCGCGUGAAGGAGUUGCCGCACGUGAAGAACGUAUCGGCGCAGGCGUGGGCGUUCAAGGCCGAGGCGGCGGUGCUCAAUGCCGGGAAGGAUGAGCUCAAGGCGUGGAAGAUGUUUGUUGGGUUUCAGCACGACGAGAUCUUGGUGUCGGUCGACGGCGCCGUCGUUAUGGACGGCGGGGAUUUCCCGAUGGCCGUGGGGAACGGGACGUACUUCUCGGGGUUUUCGUUGGCGGACUUGAAGACGGCGAUCGAGACGGCCGGGGAUUAUGAUCAGAUUCAGGCCACCGUCGGGAUCAUCGGCACGAUGUUCGGGCUCAAGCCGAAGGCGGUUCCGAUGCCGAAGACGAUUCGGCUCGAAAAUGAUGGAUUCCAGUGCCCGGCGCCUCACCGUCAUGGAACCAGUGCAAUGUACGUAUGCUGUAAGAGCGACCCAAAAUACAAGGCCAAGACGACCAAAACGACAAAGUUUCUCCCCCGCCAAAACGGCGACUUAUCCUUCACAUACGACAUCAUCCAGGCCUUCUCAGGAAACUACCUUGCCCAAGUCACCAUAGACAACAAUAACUCCUUGGGACGCCUUGACCACUGGAACUUGACAUGGGAAUGGACCAGAGGAGAGUUCAUCUACGCCAUGAGAGGAGCUUAUACCCACCGCCAUGACUCCUCCGACUGCAUCUACGGCCCCGCCGGACUGUACUACAAAGACCUUGAUUUUUCUCAGGUGAUGAACUGCCAAAAGAAGCCGACGAUCUCCGACCUCCCGGCCGACCGAGCCGAGGACGAGAAGGUCGGAAAACUGCCCUUCUGCUGCAGAAACGGAACUCUGUUACCACCCCAAAUGGACUCCAACAAAUCAAGGUCCAUUUUCCAGUUGCAAGUCUACAAAGUCCCACCUGACGUCAGCAACCGGACCACCUUCUACCCUCCUCAGAAGUGGCAAGUCGACGGCGUCCUCAACCCCGACUACAAAUGCGGCUCCCCCCUCCGCGUCGACCCCACCGAGUUCCCCGACCCCUCCGGCCUCCAGUCGGUGACGACCGCCAUCGCCAGCUGGCAAGUCGUCUGCAACAUCACCCGCCCGAAGACCAGGCAUUCCCGCUGCUGCGUCUCCUUCUCUGCCUACUACAACGACUCCGUCGUCCCCUGCAAUACCUGCGCCUGCGGGUGCGGCCAGAAGACGACGGGGUCUUUUGAUAUCACGACCACGACAUGUGACCCAGAGGCGCAGCCACUACUGCUUCCUCCGGAGGCACUUCUGGUCCCGUUCGCAAACCGGACGGAGAAGGCCAAGGCAUGGGCUAGGAUCAAGCACAAUAAUAUCCCCAAAACAUUGCCGUGUCCGGACAACUGCGGGUUGAGCAUGAACUGGCACAUAAACACCGACUACAAGAGCGGGUGGACGGCCAGGAUAACGCUCUUCAACUGGCUGAAUACCUCUUUCGACGACUGGUUCGCCGCGAUUCAGAUGAAAAAAGCUUACCCCGGAUACGAAAACGUUUACUCCUUCAACGGGACAAGACUCCCUGACGUAAACAAUACAAUAUUCUUGCAAGGGCUUCCGGGGCUGAACUACUUGAUGGGGAUGACGAACGGGACGAACCCGAGGACUGACCCUAGGGUUCCCGGGAAGCAACAAUCGGUGAUUUCGUUCGCCAAGAAGCGGACGCCGGGGAUCGACGUUCGCGGCGGGGACGGGUUUCCGACGAAGGUUUUCUUCAACGGGGAGGAGUGUGAGAUUCCGGUGCAUUUUCCGACGAGUAGCUCGCGGCGUAGAAGGGCUGAAGUCGGUCUGGGGUUGCCGGUUUUGGUUGCUGCUGCGCUGACUUUUGUACUGGUGGUUGAUCGGCAUUUGCAUUGA